AUGGAUAAGAGGAGAGUGGUAGCCGAGGCGGCCCUACUACCCCAGAUCCUUAGGCUGGAGGACCCGGGGCCCCAGGGCCUCCACAGUCGUAUCCAGUCGACUUGCCCCCCGAAGAAAGGCCAAUACUGGAUUCCAGGCCCCCUGGUGGACCGGAGAGGUCCAGAAUAA